GGCGUUUGGUCGCCAAACAUUUCCCGUUUGGACAGGCCUUAAUACUGUCAUAGAUUUCGUUAGUUUGUCAUUGCAGUGUAAUGUUUGGUCUCUAACCUCCCUUCUGUGACGUUAAAAAAACUUCCGCUUGCAGCUUGCAACCGUGAGAGGUUUCCUGAAGUGAUAACAAAUUUGGCUGACGCCUUCCUAACAACGACUAAAUUGGUAUGGGAUAGUAAUGUUCCCUGGUAUCGCCAUCGUUCAUCUCUGGUUGGGAUAUAGCGUGGAGAACUGAGAGAUGUGUGAAAUAAUUUUUUCGGUUUAACCACUUCUGUUUUACGGCUGUUUCGGGUUUGAAAAAUUUACAUUCAUUACCACCUUGUCUCCUUGUGGAGCCUGAAAGUGUUUGCAGUUUACAGCUACUGACUUAAACACCUCGUCUAAUAGGUACUAAUAAUGGCAUUUGGUAGAUUCGGCCACGAAAGACCCUGCGUUACCAUAGGAAUAAAGUGAAUACCAACCUCCUACCGAAAAAGAUGUAAAUCUGAUCAUAUCCAGAAUUAGAAUGACUUCUGUGUUACUGGAGGAAAACCUGGUCGGACGAAAUUCCAGCAAGCAUUUCGCUGAUUGCGGGAUUUCAUUUAUUCAGGGGUCGUUAAGUAAGUGGCGGUUUAAACUUAUUCAGUUUGGUUGGAAAUUUUUAUAAUCAAGUUUCAUUCUGUUGUUUAUUUUUGCUUUUUUUGGCUUAGGGUAAUGAAUAUGAAACGUGAAAAUAUCGAAAAAUCAGACUGCCCUACACAAUACCAGGACGUGUAAAAGAUUGCUAGGAAAUUGCCGUUUCCGGCACCGUAAGGAUGAUUCGUUAUAUCAGACUCCGUUAUAUCGGUCUUAAUAUGUACGAGUUGUAAGCUGUUCAGUGCCGUCUAACCCCGAUAGGAAUAUCACGUGGAGGUUGGUAGUAGGUUUCAAGCUUUCCCUGGUAUAACCAACUGUAUCUCUGUAUAACCAUCUCGUUUGCACAGUAGUUUUCAACUUAACUUAGGGAUCAUUUUGAGGUUUUUACCAUUUAAAGGUAAAAUGUGAAAGUUUAAAUGACCUCAAACUGCGUGACAACACCUGGCUAGUUUAUCGAAUACAGUCUAGUAACUCGCAUUUGUGUUUGACCGCAAACUAAAGUGUUCAUAUUUUUAAGUGCUGGUAUUACGUCUUACGCAAAUUAUGAAAUUACAAGUUAGUCCGAUUUCUAAAGCCAACUACUUCCGCCCGUUUAAGCAGGAAUUCAGAUAAGGCCUUAGGGACAGCCAUAUGGAGUGAACAAGAUUUAUUCUGUGGGUUCGGCUUUGUCCUAUGCCAUAACGUGACAAUGAGUUUAACUUCUAAGGUAGCACUUCCGGUAUACAAGGACUUGCAAAUCCUUCACCUAAUGCGUCAUGAUGGAUGCUAAGUAUCAUAACAUGCGAUUAGCAUUUCCGAUCAACACAGGGUAAUAUAGACCUUUGAUAACACCAUGGACUAACAAAUAUUGGAAAUUAGUGAAAAGACAUCGAUUUUAAAAAAGAAAUCUGAAUGCGCUUAAAUUGUCUUCAAAAGACUUCACAUACAAAGAAGAGAAAGCAGACAAAACUAUCUUGCUUUUAUGACAAGCAACGACGUGAAACAAAAAAAGCGAUGGCUGCUGCCCGCUGCACACUUAGUCUGGCCGUACUAUCCAGAAAGAAAUUGGUUGUAGGAGGAAUGGUGUCAAAUCACCAGCCUCGAUAGGGGCGGCCUGUUUCCAGCAGGUUUGUCAAGCUUUAUGUACGUUAUCUUCAGCUACAGACCCUUGGAUGACUGAGUUGCAAGUGUUCACGUUUUUUAUCACAGGAGAAUAAUUGAAAAAAGAAAAACCAAGCAACCGAGUUAUUUCAUGCUGCGUUCCACGUCUCGCGGGGAUUUGGUACACAACACGAUCAUUACACGCAGAGUACAUUUAUAAAGUAUCUUCGCCAACAAAGAAAACUGUGCCACUUGCACAGGGCCUAAAUAAGAAAAGUUGGACUCUAGAAUCUUCUGCUUUGUCUUUUAUAUUUGCUCUCUAUAGAAUUCUUUUGAUCUUUUAAAUGUUCAGGAACUAAGCCAUCAAAAGAACGUGAAAAUCGAAACACGUUUGUAGACAUUUAUUAAGAUGAUGUUUAUUCGCUAUUGUUUGUUAAUAGCAUGCGCGCAAUAAAAAUUGUAAAAGAACUCCGGAAACGAACACUGGAAGAUGCUUACCUUGGCUCGUACUUAAUUUACAUACGGCCAAUAGGAGCGUGUCUGUACGUUAAACAAACCUUCACUACUGUUUUCACGUUGAUUUUAAUCUUUGUCUCAAAGAGAACUUUCAGCGUGUGUUUUGCGUUGUUUUAUGUCGUUAAUAAUAUACAAUUCAUUGUUUGGUCUUCGGCUCAGUUCAUUUUGAGCGUCAUUUGUGUUCAUUCGCGGGAGCGCGCUAUUAUGGAUUUAAGCUUUACGAUUGGUCAGUCAUGCACAACUCAUGUCAAGUGGCGGCGCCAGAUCUCGUGUUAUUGACAUUCGCCUCCCAGUAGUUCAACAGCCAACCACUGCACACGGAAAGUUCAGUUUCCUAACCUUAAACUUCCUCGCAAAGUCGUUCCUUGCAGCAAAAAAAUUCCGGACACGUUACAAUGUUAUUAAGAACGUGUUGGCAUCGGAAUUUUAUCUUGCUGGCUCUUGUUUGUAUGUGUUGGAAUGGAAGUGUUGCCCACCAAAAGAAGCGAGAGAACGAGCAUAACGAACCGUCCACAGAAUCCAUCCCGCGUGUUUCAACUAACGCCACAACUCCGGCUCCAACGCCACCUGAAGAUACAGGCUUGGAAUUAGAACAGCCGCGAAAGACGUCAGGCAUUCUCAAUCUCGGAUGCGAAGGAAUCCGGAUUCGAAGAUAUGUGUCGAAUGGCCGUUGCACGAGUAGAAGACCAAUCCGCGACAUGAUCUGUGACGGACAGUGCUUGCCAAUGGAUGAACUACCUUGGUUUCCGGAAUUUUCCAAAAUUAUCAGUCGUCAUAAGAGAGAGUGGCGCUGUGUAGCGGACGAUGUCAGAACUAGGAAGGUGACCGUUAUGUGCAACGACGGGACCAAGCACAAAUACCGCGUGCGAGUUGUUCGUUCUUGCAAGUGUAAGAGAUACACACACAAACAGAACCAAACGAACCCUUGACAGACGCGCUCUGUUCAUAACAAUAAAGAACAAAAUCUACAAUGGUGAACAAAUGUCAAAAGACAUCCCCGCACAGAUGGAGAUACAAACAUUCCUUCACUGUACUGCUCACGAUUGUAACAUACCUUUGUACAAAGUUUCAGUGAGUUUGUAAAUUAAAUUAACUUGGCCCGGUGCCUCAGAUCAGCAGUUGAACAAGAAAGCCUUUCUGUUGCGUAGCGUCCGCAUUUUGUAUAGAUUUCUUGCCUGUCGUGAUUUAUCUGCAGUUGACAAUAUGACAAUUCUAGUAGGAUGAUAGAUUUUGACUCGUCUAUACAGUGUUGGAAGCGAAUAGCGUAACACACGUGUUAACCGCAUGGCGUUCCAUACUCAACCAUACUGGACGGGAAACUACUGGCAUUAUGCACAUUAACAUCGAGUUGACCGAGGUUUGUAGUUAUAUUCGACCAGGAAUUGUUCAUGUUAUUGAAGUUUAAUGUUUGUCGUUUCUUCGCUAAAGGCGGUCCGUCGUUAUCAUCCGCCUGUCCUAAGUUUCAUUCUGUGCAAAUAUGUAAUCAGAUUUCUAAAAGAAAAUUUAUAUACAUUUAUAUUACAAGAAGUAAGAUAGAUGGUCGGCGUUGCGUUUAAGCAUGGCUCUUGAGUACAGGAUGAUGUAAAUAAGCCCCAUGUUCCAAUAGAAUCUAAAAGGAAAUAGAAAUCGUAGCAGUAAGAUUCGUAAUUUUUUUGUCAUAUAUGAUUUGAUGGCCCUGUAGUAGGGACCGUUUGUACAUAUCAGCCCAAAAUUCAGUCGGAUAGUUCCUAGAUUGAAAUAUAUAAAUAAAGUUUAUUAGAGAA